GGGUGUUUGCGUCCUCUACCACCUCCACAACCACAUCAAUGGCACCCACUGAGGAAGAAAAAAUCAGUGAUGAGUGCAAGCAAAUGCUUCUUUCUCUCCCCAAGGAGAGAGGUUGGAGAACCCUUCACCUCUAUCAGUUCCAAGGCUUUUGGUGCCAGGCAGCUGAGAUCCAGUCCAUAAUCACUUUCCAAAAGCACUUCCAAGCUACUGACACUGACAUAGUCUUAGCCACCAUACCAAAAUCCGGCACCACAUGGCUGAAAGCCUUGGCUUUCGCCACCGUCAACCGCCACCGUUUCACCACAAACUCAAAGAGCCACCCUUUGCUCACUUCCAACCCCCAUGACCUUGUGCCUUUCUUUGAGUACAAGCUUUAUGCAAACAACCAGAUUCCUGAUCUCACCACCACCAACCUUCCUGAUGAUCAGCCAAGACUCUUUGGAACCCACAUUCCUUUUGCUUCUCUGGCUAACUCCAUCAGAAAAUCUAACUCAAAGAUUGUUUACAUAUGCAGGAACCCUUUUGACACAUUUGUGUCCUCUUGGCAUUUCCUUGACAAAGUGAAGCCAGAAUCAAAAGCGCCACUCUCUAUGGAGGAUGCAUUUGACAUGUACUGCAAGGGCAUAGUAGGGUUUGGUCCCUUCUGGGACCACAUGCUGGGGUACUGGAAUGAGAGCUUGCUUAGGCCCCAAAAGGUGCUUUUCUUGAAGUAUGAGGACCUGAAGGAAGAUUGUGACUUUCAACUAAAAAAACUGGCCAAAUUUUUGGGCUGCCCUUUUACUCUGGUAGAGGAGAAAAAUGGUGUGAUAGAAAGCAUUUCGAAGCUGUGUUGCUUUGACAACAUGAAGAAAUUGGAGGUUAAUAAAACUGGUUCUUCUAUUAAGAACUUUGAGAAUAAGAACCUGUUUAGAAAAGCUGAGGUCGGAGAUUGGGUUAACUAUUUGUCCCCAAAGAUGGUGGAGAGGCUGUCCAAGGUCAUAGAAGACAAGUUAUGUGGUUCAGGUUUGAGAUUCAAAGUGUUUCCCUAGGGCCUACAGAACCCUAGUCGCAGUGGUUUUGGGUCUCGAUUAUUCAAUCUAUCCAGCUAUUUUCAUGUCUGCUUUAUUUCACUGUAACCAAAAGGUGGAUUAUGUCAAGUUUCUGUCACAAAAAGAAAGUGGAUUUAUCAUUUUAAUUAUGAAAUGCUAUGCAGUGUAAAUCUUUUCAGUUUAAUUGUUCCAUAUCAGGUUGU